CUUUACCAAAGAUGGUUGUUUAUAUAUUAUUAUUAUAUUUAAGUGCUUUACUUCAAGUAACAUUAUCUGGGAAACAUGAUAUUUACAAUGGGUACACAGUUGAAGCAGUAGUAAUAGAAGAAUACGAUGACGUCACCAAACUGCAGCAUCUAGAAGCUGAACUUGAUCUAGAUGUGUGGCACUAUGGCUCUGUCGGACGAAGACACGCGCAUGUUAUGGUUUCAAAGGAGAAUAAGCAAACUUUUUUAUGGAAGUUAGAUCUGUAUGGCUUGCAGCAUUAUGUUUACAUAGCUGAUGUGGUAACAGCUCUUGAACAACACGAAGAGGAUAUUAUUGCGCGUAAAAUAUCCAGAAAUGGUGAAGCCGUGCCUUAUAACGACUACCCCAGAUUUGCACAGGUGAACGAGUAUUUGGAAAGAAUUGCAACAGAUUAUCCGAAUAUUGCAACUUUAGUAGAUGCAGGGAACAGUUUUGAAGGUCGGCCUAUUAAAUACUUGAAGAUAUCAACAACGAAUUUUAUGGACCCAUCCAAGCCCAUUUACUUCAUGGAUGCUGCUAUUCACGCCAGAGAGUGGGUCACUCCACCUGUCGCUCUCUACACGAUACACAGACUGGUAGAGGAUCUGAGGGAUUCUGAGAGAGAUUUACUUGAUAUUGAUUGGAUCAUCUUCCCUCUUGUCAAUCCUGAUGGAUAUGAAUACUCUCAUACUGAUGAACGGUUGUGGCGGCGAACUAGAUCUUAUCGUCCAGAAAUAAACGAGACAUGUUACGGUGUCGAUGGAAAUAGAAACUUUGACGUUAACUUUAACACCGUUGGUGUUUCACCCGAUCACUGCUCUAAUACAUACCCUGGACCAGAGGCAUUUUCAGAACCAGAAACAGGAUAUGUUAGAGACGUACUGUUGGAAUAUAUAGAUCGUAUACAGAUUUUCUUAGAUAUUCACAGCUACGGAAAUUACGUUUUGUAUGGUUUCGGUAAUGCUUCUUUGCCAACUAAUGCAGUUUCUCUUCAUCAUGUUGGUGCAUCAAUGGGAGCAGUUAUUGAUUCCAAGAAACUAUCUAAAGCAACGUAUUAUUUAGUUGGAAACAGUAAUUUGGUUUUAUACCAGAGUUCUGGUAGCGCGCAAGAUUAUGGUCAGGCUGUGGGUGUACCAUUUUCCUACACUUUAGAACUUCCUGGCUAUGAAUAUGGAUUUUUGGUUCCACCGGACUAUAUUGAACAGAUCAACAUAGAGACUUGGCCAGGCAUCGUAGACUCGGCAAGAUUAGCAAAACUUUUCUACAAUGCAAGAAAUCAGAACUAAAAAUGAUUAUAGAAAAAUAACAGGUUCUAAAGGAA